AUGGGCGCCGGGGGUAUCGUCCUCCGCUUCUUCAACCUGGCCAUUCGGGUCCUGCAGUUCCUCGCAUCUGCAGUCAUCCUAGGAAUCUAUUCCUACUUCCUGGCCAAGCUCGCGCAUCAUGACCUGCAUAUUCCGACAUGGAUGAAGGCCGUUGAGGGUCUUUCGGGCGCAGCGACCCUCUAUUCCCUCAUUGGAUCCCUCCUCACCUGCUGCUUGGGCGGCUUCACCUUCUUCGCUGCGAUUGCCAUAAUCCUCGACGUCUGCUUCGUCGGUGCCAUGAUCGCCAUCGCCAUCUUGACCCGCGAUGGAACAAACCACUGCUCCGGUGUGAUCGAUACCCGACCGGUUGGAACAGGGCGUGACGGGACCGAUUCCCCAGCUGGCAUUGACUACGGCUAUGCCUGCAUGCUGGAGAAAGUUGUUUUCGCGGUUUCCAUCAUUGGAAUCUUCUUCUUCCUCAUCUCCAUCCUCUUCCAGUUCCUCCUCGGACGUCACCACAGACGCGAGAAGCGCUUCGGCCCCUCCCCCACCAACGGAUACACCUACGGCACUCAAAAGCGUGGUUUCUGGCGCCGCAACAAGGCUGCCCCAGAGCCAGUUACCGGCGACAACAUGCUUCCCGCUCACCCUACCCCUCACGACAUGGAGACUGGUCCUACCGCAGCUGGUGCUGGUGUCGCUCCCGCCGAGAAGCAGGGGUGGUUCAACCGUUUCGGUCGCAGGAAUGAGCCCGUAGACGGGGCUGUUGCGGCCCCGGCUCCAGGGUACGGCGGGACCUCUGCGUACACCGGCAACUACUAA